GGUUUCGACACAACGGCCCACUUCGCUCCCGACGGCAAGAUGCUCGUGGACACCAAGUUUCUCGUGCGGGGCCUCGGGUUCUUCAACGAUGCGUACGAUCUCUUUGUCAUGAACGUAGUCAACGUUGUCCUCGAAGAAGAGUUUGGAAAGGACGUGUACACGCCCGCGAUGAAGGGAUCCGUGUCGGCCGCGGCGCUGAUCGGAGCCGUCGUCGGCCAAAUCAUUUUCGGCUACCUCGCCGACCUGCUCGGGCGCCGCGUCAACAUGAUCAUCACGUGUGCGAUUUUGAUCCUUGGUGGCGUCAUGUGCGCGUGUGCGUCGGGGGGGUCCCCGACAGGCACGCUCUGGGUCCUCAUCGUCGCGCGCGGCAUUCUUGGCGUCGGUAUCGGCGGCGAGUACCCGCUGGCCGCAUCGUCGUCCGCCGAGGACGCGUCGUCUGUCGUCGAGCGAAAUCGACGAGUCGCACUGACGUUUUCGCUGCAGGGCGUCGGCAGCUUGACGGCAGCCAUCAUGGGCAACCUGUACGUGUCGGCAUUUGCCCCUGGGCCGCGUGGAUCAGCAUCCAAAGACGACCUCGACUUUAUCUGGCGCAGUUUGCUCGGGAUUGGAAUCAUUCCUGCCGCGUUUGUCUUUUACUUUCGGUAUCGAGCCGACGAGACCAUGUCGUUCCAGCAGGUCCAGCAGCUCCAAACCAAGUCGUCGAGCAACACGCCGGUCGCGACCACGAUUCCUCUGCGAUUUGUGCUGCACGUGUAUGGACGAUGGGUCCUCGGGACGGCCGGGACCUGGUUCCUCUUUGACAUUGUGUUUUACGCGCAGAACCUGUUUUCCGCGUCGAUUCUGGCCGUCGUCGGCAUCUCGGAACCAUCGCUCACCGACGUGACGACUCAAAACAUGUUGGUCGCGUGCGUCGCUCUCCCUGGAUAUUAUGUCGCGGUCUUCUUUAUCAACCGCCUCGGCCGCCGCAAGAUGCAGCUGCAGGGCUUCGUCUUCAUGACGAUCCUCUUUCUCGUCCUGUCGGGAGUGUGGAAGGACCUCAAGCGCGAUACGACGUCGUUCGUGCUGCUGUACGGGCUCGCUCUCUUCUUUUCAAAUUUUGGCCCGAACACGUCGACGUUUGUCUUGCCGACCGAAAUGUUUCCCACGGCCAUUCGGGCCCGAUGCCACGGAUUCUCGGCCGCCAUGGGCAAGUUAGGGGCUGCGAUUGGGUCGUAUGGCUUUGCGUCGACGUCAGGCGAAGACAAGUUGGGCGCGACAUUUGGCGCGUUUGCGUUCUUCUGCAUCCUGUCGAUCCCCCUCACGUGGUUUUGCACGUUUGACAACCCGAAUCCGCUCAGCGACGGCGACGCAGAGUUUGACCGCCGCCUCCGCAUCUUCCGCGGCACGGCCCUCCAAGAUGAAGACUUUAACGACAUCGAUGAUAUCGACCAAGAACUGGGCGAUGAAGAAGUCGACGUCGACAUCGGGACGUCGCCCAUUCAUGUGGGGCAGCCCCAGUCUGUGUAAUGCUCCUCAUUUUGGCCGACCGCUGGCGGCCACCAUGAAGUGGGCCAACAAAGAAUUCUCCAAGUAACCUAGUACGGCCCGCACGCAGUAGAUCUAGCGACAGUAGACUCCACGUCGCUUCGCUUGUCGCCCGUUCAAUGGGGUCGCACGAUGCGUCAGCACCCCAUGCACCACAUGCCUUUAAUUGUUUGAAUCACUCGAUUGCACUCGAUCGACA